CAAUUCGAACCUAAAUGAUGAUUUUAUCGCUUCUUGAACAAUCAAUUAUAUCAAUAAAUAAAAUCUAAAUUAAAGAAAAUUGAGUAUAAGUGAAAUUUUUUCGAUCGAGAUUCAAUACGAGAAGUGAAUUAUAAAAUAGAUGGUCAUGGAGAUUUAAUGACAAAGGUGGGUUAAAAGGGGAAAGGUAUACCAACCUUAGCGUUGUGGGUUUUUUUUUUUUUUUAAAUUAAAUUUAUUUAUAUUAUCAAGUUUUGUGAGGUUUUAGCUUAAACAAAGAACCCCCACGUUUUCCCUCUCUCUCCUUUGAUGAUGCUCUCUCUGUCUCUCUCCUCUCCUUCCUCUACUAAAACCCCUCUCCUCACUUGCUCUUCUUUCUCAACUCAAUUCAUUUCCCAUUCUUCUCAUUUUCUCAUUUUCUCAUUUUCCCACUCUCACACGAAAUAAACACGCACACUCUCCAACUCUCUUUUUAUUCUUUGAUUCUCUCCUUCUCCAACAAACAGACUCAGCCAUAUGCUACUCUGCUCUCACACUGUCUCAUACUCACAAAAGCCUGCUCCUUUUUCAAGCUUCAAACGCAUUCUCUUCUAUUUUCAGUAACAGAGAGAAACCAAAGCUAGAAUCUUUUUCCUUUGGGUUGUUUUUAGGCUCAAAACAACACCAAGGCCCCCUCCUCUGAACUCAACAACAAUGGCUGACCCGACUAACUCGGAGACCGAGUCAAGCUUCAACUCACCCUCUUCGCCUUCCCCAUCCUCAUCUGGGUUUUCGCAGUCCUUGCCAAACUCGGCCCAAAACCCAUUACCCGGAAGCUCUGACUCGCCCGACCCGGAUCAGAAACGGGUCAAGCGAGCUCGAGAAACCAGCAGCAAGCACCCGGUUUACAGAGGGGUCCGAAUGCGGACCUGGGGCAAAUGGGUAUCCGAAAUCCGCGAGCCCAGGAAGAAGAAUCGGAUCUGGCUCGGCACCUUCUCGACCCCGGAGAUGGCCGCACGUGCCCACGACGUGGCGGCUUUGUGCAUCAAAGGCAACUCGGCGAUCCUCAACUUCCCCGGACUCGCCGGGUCGCUGCCCCGACCCGAAUCGAACUCUCCCCGAGACAUCCAAACCGCCGCUGCCAAAGCCGCUUCCAUGGAGAUCACGCUAAACGCACCUCCCCCACCGUCACAGUCAUCAUCACCGGCAUUGUCACAGUCGUCGUCGUCGUCAUUAUCAUCGUCAUCAUCGUCAUCCUCAUUGGUGGGUCCCACAACAAGUAGUACAACAAGCGGGGACGCGGGAACGCCAGAGGAGCUGAGUGAGAUAGUGGAGCUGCCGAGUCUGGGGACGAGUUACGAGUCGGCCGAGUCAGGGAACGAGUUCGUGUUUGUGGACUCGGUGGAGGGGUGGCUGUACCCUCCACCGUGGUGGCACAACAGUUAUUUUGAGGAGGAGUAUGGGUAUAAUAGUAUUAUCAAUAAUAUUAGGGAUGAUCAAAUGUUAAUGCCUGAGCCACCAGCAGCUGCAGAGUGCUUUGCUGAUGCCUUAUUGUGGCAACAUUAAUAUCAACUCAACUGUUGCUUGCCUCUUCUUGGCUCUCUCUCUCUCUCUCUCUCUCUCUUCUUCAUCCUGUGUGCUUUGCUUCUCUCUCAUUUUAAUUUUUUUUAUUUUAUAUUUAUUUUUCUAAGGGCUAUAUACUUUUUCUUGAUCCUUUUAGGCCAUCGGUGGUUGCAGUGAUUAGUUUUGGGGUAGUAUUUUCUCCACUCCAUUGCCAAAUUGUCAAUGGUCCAUAGUCCACAGUCCUCCACAGUAUACACAGUCUACAAUCUACACACAAUCUCUCUCUCUCUCUCUCUCUCUCUCUCUCUCUCUCUCUCACAGUCACUUUCUGUCCCAAAUAUUUCUACUUUUUUGAAGAAUAAAUACAAUAAAUUGUUUUGGAGUUUAGAUUAUGACUACUUCCCCUUUGAUUGAAACCGAAGAGAAAGGGGCCUUCAGUUUCCUAGUUGUUUUUCACUGUUUCCUACAUUUCCGAGACAUUCUUGUAACUAGUAAUUUCUUAAACCAUUGAAUUUAUUGUAAGUGUUAAUUCAUGGGGAAGUGUUAUUACCUUAAAGCAUACAAAUAAUCCAUGUCUUUGAUUUUCU